UAGUCUAUUUAAAGAAGAAAAGCUAGGUAUGAGGAAGUUGCAGAAGUUUGUGGUGGUAGCUAUGAAGGUGGUUGUUUUGUUGGUUGCUAUAAUUGUGGGAGCAUACCAAUGCCAUGGCUCAGAGCAUGGUGCAAACUUCCAGGUUUUCCCUCUGAGGAUGAAAACUGGGUUAGGGGGGCACUACAUUCCGGAGGUAUCAUGCAAAAGUUGGAGACUUGGUGUGGAAGCACAUAACGUCAUUGAUUGGAAAAGCAUUCCUGAGGAGUGCGUGGGGUAUAUAGGGAACUACCUUCUAGGGGACCAAUAUAGAUCUGACUCCAAAACAGUGUGUCGUGAGGCUUAUUUGUAUGCUAAAACCCUUAAUAUCACUGCCAAAGACAUAUGGGUCUUCGACAUAGAUGAGACUACCUUGUCUAACCUCGAAUAUUAUGCUGAUCAUGGUUUUGGGGUGGAACCAUAUAAUGAGACGGCGUUUAAUGAAUGGGUGAACCUUGGGGAGGCACCAGCACUGCCUGAGAGUCUAAAACUGUACAACAAAUUGGUGGGUCUUGGUGUGAAGAUUGUUUUCUUAACGGGAAGACCACUCAAUCAAGAGACUGUAACAACUGCCAACUUAAAGCAUGCUGGAUACCACACCUGGUUAAAGUUAAUUGUCAAGAAUACAACUUUAUAUUCUGGUACGACAGCAGUUACAUACAAAUCAGCUGAGAGAAAGAAGCUGGAGGAAGAGGGUUACAACAUCAUUGGAAACAUUGGAGACCAAUGGAGCGAUCUUCUGGGAACCAACACUGGCAAUAGAACAUUUAAGUUGCCUGAUCCCAUGUACUACAUUAGUUGAGCUCUCUAUGCUCUACCUUGCUCCUCUCCAUCAAAUAAACAAUAUAUUUAAGACUUGCCAAGGAGCAUUCUAUGUAUGGUUUGUGAUUUUAUGCCAAACUCAAGUCACUUAAGAGUUAAGAAAUUGCACAAACUAGCAUCUUUGUAUGAUCUCUUUCGUGGUUUCCAUAAAAUUACUACGUAAUAAUUUGUUGAUUUAA